UCUCUUGCCCCUCACAGCAUGGGGCAGCACAUUUUUUAGGCACAAUAUCGGGGAAAGCAGUUGUAAAGAAGAACAUAGUCUGUCAGAAAGAGAGAGGGAUUGGGAUACGAGCUGUCAGAAAAGAGAAACAAAAAGAGAGCAUAGAAAAAUAGAAAACUGAUCCCACCACAUAAUACAUGCCCUACUCAGAUCCAUUGCUCUUUAUCAUCAUCUUCAUCAUCCUCUAAAUGCUUAAUUGGUUAAUAAGAAUCAAUAACAAUCCCAAUGGCCAAUGACAGUGACUUCCUUCGUUCUUCCGACUCAUCCAUCUCCUUCCUUGAUGUCUUCAAUGACACAGAGAUCAAAGAUUACAUCAAUGUCCUGUUCUCGAACAGCACUGUUGAGGAUCCCAGUGUUGUGAGUAACAACGCCACCACAGCCAUUGGGGCCCUGAUCCUGGGCCUGGUCUUCCUCCUUGGCGUUCCAGGGAACCUCUUCAUCAUCUGGAGUAUCCUGGCCCGUGCCCGCCGACGCUCCGUCACCACCAUCCUCAUCCUCAACCUGGCGUGCGCCGACGGCUCCCUCAUGUGCCUCACCAUCUUCUUCAUCAUCUAUUUGGCUAGGCGGAACUGGGACUUUGGCACCUACAUGUGCAAGGGGGUGUUUUACCUGUGCAACACGAACAUGUAUGCCUCCAUCUUCCUCAUCACGCUGAUGAGCCUGCACAGGCUGGUGGCAGUGGUUUGGCCCCAGCGGGUAGCGGCCCUGGCCAGCAAGAAGAUGGUAGUGCGGGCAAUAGUUGUGCUCUGGGUCCUGGUGUUCUUCAUGGCUAUCCCAGCUCUGGUGUUCAGGGAGCAGAGGGAUGAUCGUAACGAACAGAACAAAACCCAACGGGUUUGUGCCUCAGAUCACAGAAUGCCUCAACAUUUGGUGUUCCAGUACACCUUUGAGACUGUAGUGGGAUUCCUGGUUCCGUACGGGAUUAUAGUGAGCAGCUACGUCUGCAUCCUGAGACGCCUCAGACAGACCAAAUUCCAUCGCAAGGUCCGCAGUGAGAAUCUCAUCCUGGCCAUCGUUGUGAUGUUUGCCAUCUUCUGGUUGCCCUAUCACGUCAUCAACAUAAUACAGGUUGUGGCUGAGCAUUUGAAAGACGAUUCAGCAACAAAAAAGAGACUAUAUAUAAUAUGGCAGUCCAGUCGUGCUGUGACCUCCGCUCUGGCCUUCAUCAGCAGCUGUGCCAACCCUAUUCUCUACACGUUCGCUGGGAAGUCCUACAUCAGAGAGAACGGCAUGGCCUUCAUGGCUCGCCUCUUUGAAGGGACAUCUCUGGACACUGGGAUAAGGAAGGGCCAGCAGACAACCAGGGACAGGGAGGGAAAGAGACUCAAAGAGACGUUGUCUUUCAGCAGCACUGGGGGCAAUGCUAUGAUGAAAUGAAAAUAGACACUCAUAUGCAGGGUUGCACUGCACAUGCUAUCCACUCAUCAUGACGAUGCACUCCUGCACACAGACUUCUUACAUUGUUUUGUAUUGCUAUAUAGAUCUGCUCCUCUACUUGCAUAUGGGACCAUCUGAAACAAUCCCUACAAUAUUCAGUGCACCUCAUGUGAGACACAAGUUUCUCACUAGACCCAACUUCUCUGCCACAAUUCUUCUGUAAAUGUGUUUGUCAAAUGUGCCUUUUUUACUUUAAUUCAUUGUUUGUGCCGCUUGAAUGUUUGUUGAAUUGCACACAGGCAUUCAACACCCUGCGUUGACAGCCACACACCCAACAACCACAGCACUAGCACACAAACACAUAUUCUCAACCCCUGCCCCAUGGAGAGCAUCACUCCAGACACCACACAGCCAGAGCAGCACACAGCCGGAGCAGCACACAGCCAGACACCACACAGCCAGACAACACACAGCCAGACACCACACAGCCAGAGCAGCACACAGC